AUGACGGAUUUCGUACAGCACGACCCAUAUUUCAGAGAAUGGCACAAACGUAAUAAUACGCACGCAUCUCUCAUCUCCCCUGCUGCUGCUGCAGGCGGUAUCAUCGACGCUUCUUCCGCUCAAGCCUCGAUCGACGAUGAUGAGGAUAACAACCACGCUUCAGACAACGUCUCCAUCGAUAAGGCUGACGCCCCUCCUCCUCAAGGUGUGGCUCCAGAUGCUAAGAAAGUUUACGACCAGGAGCCUGUCCCUCAAGCAGAGCGUGAGGAUGUCGAGAGGGCCAUAAAAAAAGAUACAGACAACAAAGACCAAUCAGAUGCCUCUGACGUCAAAUCUGGUCUUGCUGCUGGAAGUGCUGCCGCUAUUGCAGGUGCUGCAGGCGUCGCAGUUGCUGCUGCGUCUACCGACGAAAACCCAGAGCCAACCCCACAACACUCAGAUCCACACCCGCCAACUGCUGCUCAAGUAGACGCUCCAACUAUCUUGCACGCUCCAAAGGAUACCAAGGUCGUCACUGAAGUUACUAAAGACGAGAGCAAGAUGAACACAAACGAGCCUGUGACCACUGAAGCUCCUGCCCCUACUGGUACAGCUGAGGACACUGUCGUUCCUGAGACGAAAGAGGAGCCUGUGACUGCAGCUCAACCUCAACCAACAAACACUACAGAAUCUACAAUUGUUCCAGAGCCUGUUGAGAAAGACGAACAGAAGCAGAAGCAGGAGCAACCAAAAGAAAAGCUGAAUGCUUUCGAGGAAACUCCAGUAACAACGCCUAAAGAAGAGUCACCAGCUCCAAUUGCAGCUCCAGCUCCCUCCGUUCCAUCUAAAGCUAAUCAUCCAGCUCUUCCAAAGGGUGUCGUCAAUCUCAAGGCAGACGGACCUCGCAAACCAGAAGGAAUCUCAACACCGGCAGGAGAACAUGUGCCAAUCUACCCUGGUGAUACACCAGAUACACCAGAUAUUAGUGGAAAGCCAAACCCAGUUACUGUAACAGUACCAUUGGAGACGGUGCAAUUGACAGAUGCAGAAGGAACACAUAUACCGGUCACAGAGGAAGGUGGAGAUACGACAGCUGUUGAGAAUGCUAAGGAUCCAAAGCCAGAGCCUAUAUCUAAGGAUAAGGUGGAUGCACCAAUUGAAUCAAAGCAGAAGUUGCCAGAAGAGGCCCACAAUGCAGCAACAUGGACAACCUUGCCUGGACCAGAGGAGGUUCCAACGCCACUCCGUCUUUCACAACGUAGUCCAGAAACGCCUUUAGCACCCUCACUUGAGGAAUCACCACAUUCAGCAGAGGAGCAGAAGAAGCAGAAGAAAACAGAGGAGGAGAAGAAGAGAUCAGACAAGGCGGAGGAAGAAGCUAAAGCAAAAGAAGCUCAAGAGUCAGGUGAAAACAAAAUAGUACCACCAAAAACACCAGAGAAGGCUAAAUUCCAACAAGACCAAAACAGCCAUUUGGAGACACCAAAUGCGGGUCAAAGUACAGCGCCUUCAAUGAGUCCAGGAAAUAGCUCAAUCAAGUCAGCAACGAAUCUUCCAGGUGGAUAUCAGCAAAGCCCAGAGAAAGCAGGUAAAGAGGAAGAGGGAGAAGGACAACAAUCUUCAUCGAUAAUGAAGAGUUGUUUGAUAAAGAAAUCUGAGAAUCACCACGAUAUCGUUCUUGAAUAUCUUCGGCGGAAGGGAUUUAGUGGCGCAGAAGAGGCACUCAAGAGUGAUUUGACCAGUAAAGGGAUAAAUGCAGGCACAAACAACCACACACAAACGCUGGAAGAGUUGGCACGUCAAUCUGCAGACUCAAUAAAGAAUCAUAACCAAGAUGAUAAUAUUCCACCUGGUCCUUCAAAGGAUAGCGUGUUGUUGGAUUUAGUGAAAUUGGCUUCAAACGAUCACCUCGGUAAAGUAACCACGGAUAGACUGCUUCUGACUGAUCCAACCGAGCGUGAAAGAGGCUUUAGAGACUUGGAUCGAUGGGUUGAAGGUAGCCUAGACGUCUACAGACCUCAAUUACGCCCAAUUCUCUUCCCAAUUUUCGUACACACUUAUUUAGAUCUCAUCAGCCUUUCGUUCCAGAAAUCUGCUAGAGCUAUGCUUCACAGACACGCUCACAGUCUAAUCCCAUACCACGCAGACGUUAUAGCCCAUCUUGGCAGUCUGACCCUCCCAGCUCACGUGAAGUCUGAUCCAUUGGCUAUCAGAUGGAGAUCACAAAAGUAUAUCGUCAGACUGGGUAAAGCUGCAUGGAAUCUGUUGUUGGGUUGGCUAUCCGACGCUUUAGUUGGUGGCCCAGGUGGUUCUUCUACAGGUGGUACCGCUGAAGCUAAAGGUAGAUCACUCAUGUUGAAAAUUGUCAAUGAAAGACUAAGAGUUGAUGUCGUCGAAUCCUCUACAAAGAUUAGUCAAGAAAUGAUAGAAGAAUCAACAGGUCUGAUCUCUGAUCUCACAAUCACUUAUCCUACCAUACCAGGCCAAAGAAUGGCAAUUGCACAAUCCGCUCAAAGUUUCAAUAACAUUAUCGGUGAAUUGAAGCUAGGCUUACCACCACUAGACGAUGGUUUGAGGGCGGAAGUUGACAGACAGGUAGCAGUUAAUGACGCCAUGGAAAGAGAGGAGGGCAUGGAAAUAGAUCCUCAACAACAGAAACCACAACAACCACCACCACAACAAGAACAACCUCAACAACAACCACAAUCCCAGCAACCUUCUGAUCAAGGUGCACAAUCUGCAGAAGCAACCCCUACACCAAAUCCACCAAAUGCAUACGCACCAGGCGCUGCUCCUGCCGGUACACCUCAAGAUGCAACAGCUCCGCCACCACCAGCAGCAGGGGAAAUUAGAGACGAAAAUCACUUGCUCGCACCAACAAGAGCUGAUCUCCCACCUCUGCCGGUAUUCAGAACUGCAGAUGUAAGGAGGGAAGUGGAAAAAGUCUUUGACAGCAGAAAGAGAAUAAAUUUGGGUGUCGAGUUGGAGAAAUCAACUAAUGGUGUUGAAGAAACUAUAAAGAGUAAAGUAAAUUUGCCUUCAAUCUGUGCUUUCACGCUACAAGACGUUGGUGAUGAGCUGAAUUGCUCAACCUUUUCCCCAGACUCAUCAAUUUUAGCUGCAGGUUUAUCUGAUUCAACAGUCAGACUGUGGAAUCUUCGAAAUGAAUCAUUUACUGGAUUGAGAGAUGAUUUCGAUAGAGAGCAUCCACCUUCAUCUAUGAAAAAACUCAAAUUAGAUACCGGUUUGAAGGACAUCAAGUUUGUUGGACAUUCUGGACCAGUUUUUGGUUUGUCUUUCGAUCCUUCAUUUGGCACUCCUGUUCAGCCAAGACACCUCAUCUCAAGCUCUGCUGACUCCACUGUCAGACUGUGGUCGUUGGAAACCUACUCAAAUCUUGCUGUCUACAGAGGACACAGAGAUCCUGUGUGGGAUUGUGAAUGGGGUCCAUUCGGUAUCUAUUUUGCAACGGCUUCCAGAGACAGAACAGCAAGAUUGUGGUCAGCUGAGAGACCUAAUGCUCUGCGUAUCUUUGCUGGUCAUUUGGGUGACGUUGAAACAGUCAAAUUCCACCCUAAUUCGCUCUACCUUGCUACUGGUUCACAAGACAGAACUGCUCGUUUGUGGGAUGUUCAACGUGGUGCUUGUGUUAGGAUAUUCAUUGGUCAUCAAGCUCCUCUCUCAACUAUGGCUCUCAGUCCAGAUGGCAAGUACUUGGCUACUGCAUCUGAUGAUCUCUCCAUAUCUCUCUGGGAUUUAGGAAGUGGAAAACGUAUAAAAAAGAUGCUGGGUCAUACUGCUCAAAUCAACAGUCUCAAUUUUGACGCAAAUUCAAACCUCCUGAUCAGUUCUUCAUCAGAUUGCUCGAUAAGAUGCUGGGAUAUUCUCACAUCAAACACUGAAAGACCUGAUAAUAGUACUUCUGAUCUACUUGAAACAUUCCACUCAAAAAACAGUCCAGCUUAUCAUGUCAAAUUUACACCACGUAACUUAUGUUUAGCUGCAUUAGAUGGUGGAAAUAUUGCAGCCGAUUAA